UAGGUGGCGAUGUUGAACUCCGCCCUUUACCGGUGUCGAAGAAGAAAUGUAAACAGCAGUGGCGGUAUAGUGAGGCUGGGAUGGAGCCACAGGUGUCUGGGAGAGACGGCAAGGACAAACCCGGAGAUGGGGCACACAGCUGUCUGAACUCCGGCAUGUUUCUUAGCGGAUUUGACGGGCAGUCGAGGCUGCUGCUUCGGUCACUGAUGUCCGGAACCUCCGGGGCCUCGAGAGCGCUGGGCGUCUUCCACAGGCAGCAACGGGCUAACCCCGAUAGCUCACUGUGUGGCUUCAUAGAAACACUGUGCAGAGACGAAAUAACCCACACCGAGGCAGACACUGAGUUUCUAACCAUUAAACCACUAGUCUGCCUGUUUCCACCUUUAUUUAAACAAAACCUGCUGUCAUUCAUCCACCUGGUGCACUCUGUUCUUCCUCGGACCGCUGUACUCCAUCUGAUCAAAUGUCUCAGCCAGGACUCUCGUCCAAACCCGUGGGUGACUGCUCUGUGCAGACAACUCGAAAGAGACCUGGAAACCCACCGUGAGGUGCCUCUGUACACCACACCGUGCAGCCAAAGACUAAAGGAGCUCUCCCAGGGUUUGAUCGGAUCUGCUGAAACUGGAGGAUGGACCAAGUGCUUCAGUGGUCAAACGGCAGAAUUUGAAUCCCAGAGUACAUCUGAUUUAUCUGAGCUGGGGACACAGAGGAAGAGAAAGGGCAGUUUUGUCAGCGUGGGGUCUGAUGGUGAAGAAACGGGAUCACAGAGUAAACGGAUAAAGAUGGAUGAUAAUGAGUGUGUCACAGCUGAAGAACUGAGAGUUCCCAAGGAAAUGUCGGGAGCGCCAGAAAGUGAUGUUGCAGCAGAAACUCCAGCCUCAGACAGUUCGUGUGGUGGCCUGCCUGAACAGAUAAAGGUCUGUAUUCCUCAGAUAAAAGAGUUGUUGGAGAGUCAGACGGAGUGGGACCAGAGCUCCACAGAUGUGUUCAAAGUGCUGAACAACUGUGACUCAAACCAAGUGGAGGUGUUAUGCAGCAUGCUGAAUUUGCCGGGCUUACCUGACCAGGCGCUGCCUAAACUGUGCAGCAGUGUUUUGGCCCUCUCUCCUGACCUCAGCUACAGCACUGCUGCAACGCUCAUCAAGAGCCUUCUGCUGGAGAAGGUGCUGUCCCUGUCAGAGCCGGCCUCCAGGUGUCUGGUUACCGCAGUGACAUCACUGUGUAGCCGCUAUCCCAGACCAGUGUGCCAGGCUCUAAUCGGACCAGUACUAGAGAAAGAGAACAUAGGGCCUCCACAGGCUGAGCUGCUAAGCAGACUGAUAGAAAGCUGCCUGGAUUCUCACUACAGACUGCUGGUGGUUCAAAUGACAUUGAAGAUUGCAUGGAGUGAGGCAGUGCUGUCUAUUAUCCACAGCUUGCUAGACUCAAAGGUAAUCCAGCCUGUCUUGAAUGAAGAACUUUUCACACAGUUCACAGAACAGCUCGUCAGUCAGGCUCCUCGUUUCACAAAGUCUGUGAAGUUUGCAAAAAUGAUGCUCACAGUACUCACCAAAUACAGCACUGAUGUGACUGCUGCACACAAACACUCCUUGUCCAGCUGCCUGAUGUUAAAUGAGACCUUCCUGAAGAAGUCUCUACAAGCUGCUUUAAAACGAAUCGCAGACACGUGACCUCACCACCUUUUCAACUAAUUUACAU